UACAUAAAAAAAUGAAUGUUUAUUUAAGGAUUUAAAUGAUUUUCGUUGAAGGAAAAUAUAUUUAAAACAACAACACAUAUGAUCAUUGAAAUGGGCGGUAUCUAGACACUUCAUAAGAAGGAGUGAAACUUUGCAACUAAAGAAACUAUAUAUUUUCAUUUUUAAACAUAGUAAACAAUACUCAUAUAAGCGUGGAUUAUUUUCGAAAAUCAUUGGAACAUCGAUAUUUGAUUUCUAUAAGAUGAUGGCUCCAUCAUUUGUUGUGCACAUCCUGUGUGUACUUUGGAUGGCAAGAGUGACUCCCGGUCAAGAGUACACCGCUGUAUGUGACGAAGAGACCAUGAAACUUCGAGUAGGGUAUAAGGAACACCCGACAGACUGUAGCAAAUAUAUCCAGUGCAUGCAAAACAAAGAGGGUCAGUAUGUUGGCUUUGUGAGAGAUUGUGGUUAUGGAACAUAUUGGAACCCAACUGUUCUGACCUGUAUCUUAGCAACAGACACUGUCUGCAAACAUGAUUUGUGUUAUCAACAACCAGAUGGAAAGAGAAGAAAUGGACUUGGAAAUUGUAGAGGUUUCUAUGAGUGCCGAGGAAGUUCGUCCAUACCAAUGUGUUGUCCUUUUGGGCAGUAUUUUCAUGAAAGUCUUGAAUGUGUGAAUACUACGGUUGACAUCAAAUGUAAUCAACGUUGUAUGGACACCAUUGUGUUCAAUCAAACAAAUGAACAAAUUAAUGAUUUUGUGGGAGAUUCGGUGAGUCUACCGUUUCAUAGCCAAAUGGAAACAAUGCUUACAGGUGUUUCAGUGAUUUCGGAUAUUAAUCAAAAAACACCUGCAGACCAACUAGUAAAAGGCGAUGUCAAUUCAGAUACAGGCGGCCUCAAAGUAAAGCCUAUUGUAAGCAGAGUUAACCCUAGUCAAGCUGCAGGAUCGGUCUGUGAUAAAAGCGCCGUACCUAAUAACCCUGACUUAUAUAAACAAACGCUUUAUGGCGGAGACUGGAUUAUGGAACGAAGUUGUCCGGCAGGAACAAUGUUUGUACAAGCUGUCUGCAAUUGCAUUAACAUCGUGGAUCAAACUGAAAUACUUGCACUAACUCGGAGUGUUAACAAUAAGACCCAAACAACGAUGUGUUCGCCGAUAAUCCAUCUACCGUUUACGCUAGACCACAAAGAUCAGUCCGGUAACGCGUAUGAAAUUAUCAAUCACAAUGUAACAGUACGAAAUGGUAAGGCCAUUUUCCACGGAUACGAAAACUUUCUUACAAUUUCAAACUUUUCAAGCGUGAAUAUAACAACGAGUUUAGUGAUAAAGGUAAUUUACAGUUCGGACCAUGAGUCGAUCCCCAAGAAUCAGUUGAUGUCAAUAUUCUCGAAUUAUGGAUGCAACGAAGCGUCAAGCAUUUACAUGUACGAAAAUGUACAAUACAUUUUCAGUGGUGUUGGUUUACAAACAGAUGCAAACAAGUUAAAAUACACAUAUGUUCGUCAACGUCCUCCUCCACCAGGCGGGCAAACACCCACAAAAGAGGUUUUUUACAUGUUCAAUGAUAGGAAAUUCACUCUUAAGAAUGGAGAUACAUCCAAUUCUGUCCCUGCUGAAGGAAAUUUCAACAAGAUAGCAUGCCCACUCAAAAUUGGUCAUGGCGCAAAUAUAACGCCGUUUAAAGGAGAAAUCGACGAAUUUACUGUUUAUGUGUGCUAAAACGUUUUGAGUGUGGACUAAAUUGAUUGUUUGACGUUAGAUCUAGUUUCUCGGCAACUGUUUAUGUACAUGGACAUAGAUUGUGCCGUUUUGUGGAAGAAAUAGUUAUGUUUCAUGUUUGACAGUCACUUCCAAAAUUGUAAAAAUAACCCCAAGGAUAAUUCUGAAAUUAUCUUAAAUCUAAUCUUCCGAUUGAGUGAACCAAUAGCCUACAGUGUGUGUAAACCACGUGAUAAAUUACGUCAUAUGUGUUACGUCGGAAGGCAGCAUUUAGCUUUAAAUAAAGACUUAAAUCAAAGGUAACAUUUCUUUUACUACACAGCCUUCGUUUUAUUACCGAAGUUUGAUAAGGUGCUUAGUUUCAUCAAACACGUCGACAAACCUGUUUCCAAAAUAAUGUUGUGACAGUGCUCCGUCAGACAGCCGUAUUGUGAAAAGGUUUGUUGAAGUGUUUUAAGAAACUAAUCUCUCAAUCAAACUCUGGUUUAAGACCCGGGGGAGUUUCCGUUGGCGGCGCAGACUGUGCUAUGUUUCAUUUAAAAUGGUGAAGAAAUAGUGAAGUUAUCUUUGUUUAAAGUCUUCAUUCCAAGUAAAAUUGUGCCUUCCGACGUAGCAUCUAUGACGAAAUUUAUCACAUGGUACACACUGACCUAGUGUUGUUUAUUUCUUGUUCCUUUGGAUUCUCUGAAUGUAUAUAAUCGUAGUAAAUUGAAUAAUACUGUAUCGUCAUUUCGCUUUGAGAGUGUUGCACGUGUCAAUCUUACUGAAACUGUUUUCACAUGUUUGUUGUAUGUGUACUUAAUCUCUUCUCCAGAUUUCUUUUGAAGUACACUGCUAGUUUCAAAUAAUGUAUUUACAUGUAAGUUCAAUCGUAAGGACGUCUGAAAGUUGAUAUGAAUCUCCCUCGUGUCCGUUUCUCGGAUGAAACCACUUACUAUUGUCUUUUUUGGGAGGCCAUGAAGAAGUGCUACUGGUUUGGAUCGAACCCAAGGCCUCUUGAGUUAAGUCGGACACCUACAUCAUUAUCUCUGAUUUGCAGGUAUGAUAUUUUUAAAAAUUGCAAAUCCACACUUAGCUUAGAUGGUAUCAUCAAGUCCGUUUAUUGGCAUGGAUGUGCUAGCACGAGCGCUACAGACACUAGCGCUCUUUUGUUUGUUCAGUUGAAAAGGGGCAAAUUUCAAAACUAUAAAAGCCAGUGUUCUGUGAUUGCUAUAUAUGUGCAUAUCAUAUUUUGAAAAAAAUAAAUCGUUUGAAUAUC